AUGGAGCUGCUGUCCACGCCCCACAGCAUCGAGGUCAACAACAUCACCUGUGACUCCUUCCGCAUCUCCUGGGCCAUGGAGAACAGUGACCUGGAGAGGGUCACCCAUUACUUCAUUGACCUUAACAAGAAGGAGAAUAAGAACUCCAACAAGUUCAAGCACCGGGAUGUCCCCACCAAGCUUGUGGCCAAGGCCGUGCCACUGCCCAUGACAGUGAGAGGCCACUGGUUCCUGAGCCCCCGCACAGAGUACAGCGUGGCCGUGCAGACCGCCGUAAAGCAGAGUGAUGGAGAGUACCUGGUGUCCGGCUGGAGCGAGACAGUCGAGUUCUGCACUGGGGACUAUGCCAAGGAACACCUGGCCCAGCUGCAGGAGAAGGCUGAACAGAUCGCAGGCCGCAUGCUCCGCUUCUCUGUCUUCUACCGCAACCACCACAAGGAGUACUUCCAGCAUGCCAGGACCCACUGCGGGAACAUGCUGCAGCCCUACCUGAAGGACAACAGCGGCAGCCAUGGCUCUCCAACCAGUGGCAUGCUCCACGGCGUCUUCUUCAGCUGCAACACAGAGUUCAACACAGGCCAGCCGCCUCAGGACUCCCCCUACGGCCGCUGGCGCUUCCAGAUCCCUGCCCAGCGCCUUUUCAACCCCAGCACCAACCUCUACUUUGCAGACUUCUACUGUAUGUACACAGCUUACCACUACGCCAUCCUGGUGCUGGCCCCCAAGGGCUCCCUGGGGGACCGCUUCUGCCGUGACCGCCUGCCCCUCCUGGACAUUGCCUGCAACAAGUUCCUGACCUGCAGCGUGGAGGAUGGGGAGCUGAUCUUCCGCCAUGCCCAGGACCUCAUCCUGGAGAUCAUCUAUACCGAGCCCGUCGACCUGUCCCUGGGCACCUUGGGGGAGAUCAGCGGGCACCAGCUCAUGAGCCUGUCCACUGCUGACGCCAAGAAAGACCCCAGCUGCAAAACCUGCAACAUCAGCGUGGGCCGCUAG